AUGAGGCUUGCCUUCUAUUCCUGCGGUGGGUACAUCUUUACAAUAGGAUGGGCAUUUGGAUACCUAUUUAUUAUGGACACACAUGCCAUAUUCCAUGAGCUCGGCGGUAACGGUAAUGGUUUGGUAAAAGUUUUCCUUCAAGACGAUAGGCAGUUAGCUGCUGAAGAUCUGUGUGCGUGGGUAUGGAAACGACUCAGUCAGAGUGGAGUUAAGAGCUGUGCUCAGCAGUCUGUUGCUGAGAUGACGAAGUCCAGGUAAUAGCGCUGAAAAACUAAAAGCUAACAUCUACUUAACUGACCACACAAGUUGAUUUGAAAAAUAAAGCGUCCAAAUCUCCCACAAGUUCAGAAUGUUUAUAUGGGUUAAGAAAUGAAUGUAAAGAGUGAGUAGACACACAGCUAAAGGUUUGUUUCUUUUUAGUCCCUUUUGUAGUCACAAGACAACUCUAAGUGAGGAUAUCAAAGUACCUUCAAGUAAGUAACAUUUCAUACCCUCCAACUAUCGAAAUGAGGGAAAACUUUAAUACAUAUGCUAAUUCACUUGCUUGUGGCAGAAGAUUAGAAAUGGGUCUAUGUAACAAUCGGCUUCUUCAGUUCUUCUUGUCACAAAGCGUUCGAUUUUCCACACAGGUGUUGAUGAUGACUUGAAAGAAGAGGCAUAUUGUGUACAAGUUAGUAUGUACCCUUUUUAUAAUGUGGUGCCUAGGUAUAAAAAAAACCAAAUAAUUCUGGCUACACUUUCGACAAAUUUUACCAGAUAUCGUGGAAUGGUGCCCGUUAACCACCAGAAUCCCUCUUCUCGUAUGUAGAGUGAACUCAGCGACUCUAUCUUAAUAACCUAUAAAUAUACUACUAUAGAUGCUUAUAGUAAUUUGUUUCUGCUUAACUCUGUAGGGGAAUGAUUCCUCCCAAUCACCCUCUAAAUCUCCUGUGAAGAAAAAAGUGAAGAGGUAUACUGUUUCCCCAAUUACCAUAUGCUUUUACGUCUUUUAUGCCAGUAUGCUUUUUGACUUAUUUUCUAUGUGGCUUCCCAGGUAUCAAACCGCCAUCAAGGUGGAACAAGAAUUUGGUAAAAGAAAGUUAAACCUUGACCUGUCCAGGUAAAGAGUCUUGUUAAAAAAAGAAAUCACACAUGUCAUCUUAAAUGCAUCCAUUUGAAAACAUUUCUCAUCCUCAUUGCUCAUUGCUGUUUGUUACAGCCAAUCCAGCAAAGUCCCAGAUGUUAUUUCCAUAGACAGUUCUGAAGAUGAGAAUCAACAUGAUGCUAGUGUUUUAAGUGAUAAUGAUGCAAGCAGGUAAUUAAGAACCACCUCUGCUUGUCUCUUCUAGUCUGAUAUUGUGUGUAGUCUCUUGUAUGGUCAUAAGUUGGCACAUGUACUUUCUGCAAAGUUCAAAUGACUUUAGAGUGGGGUGGGUGGAAAUAUAUGAGUUUAUUAAGUUGAUUCACUUGUACAACGUACAAAGAACAAAAUUACUCUAGUCGGGAAAUCCAUAGAUUGCUUUAUAUUCUUCUUUAAAUAAUUUCUUACCUUUUAUUAACGACCCUGUUAAUAAUAUGAACAUCAAUAUUGUUUCUGUCAAAUAACGCUAAUUGAUGAUGAACGCUCCAGUGACAUUUUUUUUUUAAAUAUAGCACCAGCAUUAAAGCUUCAGAGGAGGUUACCGUUGACAAUUCUAAAGAUGAUGGUGUCGUAGAAUAUCAAAGUUGUGCGAGCAUUUCUAGCGAUAUUGAUGGAGACAGGUAAUUUUCAUAAUUAAUUAAUAAUUAAUUAAUAGGGAGCCAUCGGAAAAAAUCGUCCCAUGCAUAUUAUAUAUCAAUGAAAGGUUUAUAAAGUACAGUUUAUAAAUUCCAAAUAACAAAGUUCUCACAGUCUUUGUGUUGGUAGGUGCGCGCAAACCUUUAAACACAAAACUGACGGUGUUUGUUUAACUGAAUUAACGGCCUCCACGUUAGCGCGGACAUCCAAACAAACUGGAAAGAUUUACUCAGCAGAUACUAGGCCAACAAAGCGUGUGAGGAUUUUCGACAUUCCAAUGAGUUCUUGUGAAAACAACUAUUUUGAGGUUGAACAAUACUACACUUUUCAAUAUAUAAAGGUAUUCGUUCGUUAAGAUCGUGGUGUGUUCUGCAAUAAGUUAAAUGAAAAGAACUCCGAUUGACAGGGCGUUAGAAUUGUAGACCUGGUUUUUGGUAAUUGGUUAGGAUAUAGAAAGGGGCCUUAAAGUGUUAUUUUCUGUAAGUGUAUUGUUUCGAAGAUGAUCCCCAUUGUAUUGGAUUGGUUGGCUAGGGGAUCUUUCACCCACACCAAACGCCCCUGUGUGCUUCUUUUUCAACCGAAAAAUGCUAAUAUUUUUUAUAAUUAUUUUUAGGGUUGAGUCUGACGAUGACGACUCUGAAACAUUUGUGAACAGUUCUGAAUCCCAGGAUCACAGUGAAACUGUGUCUUUUUAUCUUGGUGAUAAACACAUACCGGUUUAUGCCUCAGAGAUGAAGGAAUUGUCAAACAGCGGCAUUGCACGGCUAUUACUAGAUCCUCCUGAAGAUAAAGUCGCUUCGAAACCACCCGUAAAGUGUCAAGAAAACAAAAUUUUCAUCAUUGAUAAAAAGUCGCCGUAUUUUCGAAACCCAGACGACCGGAAAGCAGAUGGCCUUGGAGUCUACAAAAACGAUGGAACUCAUGUUGUUGCGUAUUACGAGGACAAGAAUCCGGAAAUCCGCUGGAUAUCCAAAACAAAACCAGAAGAUUGCAAACGCUCCACAGUUCUUCUCAAGAGAACGUACUGGACGCACGUACAACAUCCUGAUUUCCGCAGAAGAGCUUAUGAAAUACUCAGAUAUAGUGGGCACAGCUUUACGCCCGAGCGAUUCGUACUUUUACAGUACAGUUUCAGCGGAAAACCACAUGCGAUCACGACCAAACCACACGGCAAUUCUAAGUCCGAGAAAGCUUUUACUCGCACCAAACCUGGAGUUUUGGAGAGCAUCAAGGGAAAGGUGAAAGGUUCUGCUCCUCCGUCCAAAGUGUAUGACGAAGUGUUUGAAGAGGCUGGGGGCCUACUCAAGGUUUGCAGUGUCUCAGAUGUUCCCAGAAAUAGAAAGCAAGUGGAGAACGCAAAAUAUAAGGGAAGGGAAGUUCGAAGUCAAGACGAGUUAUACGACCUAACCCUCAAAUCAAAAGAAGAGGAGGAAACGGGAAAAGUUUAUAUUCGACGCCUGCAAGUUGCACCUAGUCCGGCAUGCGUUUUGGCUUCUGAUAGGCAAGUUCAGGAUGUUAAGCGGUUUUGUGCCAAUACAACUGAACAAUUUUCAGUGCUCUCCAUCGACACAACUUUCAACAUUGGCGACUUCUAUGUGACACCUACAACCUAUAGGCAUCUGCUGCUGGACGACAGGAGAACUGAAAAUCCCCCUCUUUUACUUGGGCCAACACUAAUACACACGAGAAAGGAUAGCGACACCUUCAGCUACUUUGGAGCCACACUUACAGGACUUGAAAACGGCACUAGAAGCAUACGAUUUAUAGGGUCAGACCGAGAAGAUGCCGUUGAGAAGGGAAUGAGUCCUUAUCUUCCUGUUGCAACAUGGCUUGCUUGCAAACGUCACGUGGUAGAGGACUGUAAAAGGAAGCUUCGCUCGUUAGGAAUCUCAUCAGAGUACCUUACAGCUUUUCUACGUGACAUAUUUGGGUCUGAUGCCAACCAUGAAAAAGGGCUCAUCGAUUCCGAAGGAUGCAUGGACUUUGAUGCUAAACUUGAGAGUUUGGAAAACGUGUGGAAUUCAAGAGAAAAAACAUCAAGGGGUACAGCACUCAAGCGAAGCAGAAUUCCACAAGUACUUUGUCGCACACGUUGCGGAAGACAUGAAGAAGAAGAUGAUUUCCCCCGUUAG